AUGAUGGAAGCCCUGGACGGAGCUGACCUCUGCUUUCCACGACUGAACUCCUCCUGCAAAAAGCCCACACAGCCGCACACCGAGGCCAUGCUGAUUUAUGUUCUGCUUUCCACCAUUUCUCUUAUCACUGUGGCUCUUAACCUGCUGGUCAUCAUCUCCAUCGCCCACUUCAGGCAGCUCCACACUCCCACCAACCUCCUUCUCCUCUCUCUGGCUGUCUCAGACCUUCUUGUGGGCUUCGUGCUGAUGCCCGUUGAAAUCAUCUACAUAGAGGCAUGCUGGUUUCUCGGCGACAUUCUGUGCACUCUGUAUUACGUUGUAGACUACGUCAUCACCUCUGCCUCAGUGGCCAACAUGGUGCUCAUAUCAGCCGACCGCUACAUUGCUAUUUGUGACCCUCUGCGUUACCCCACCAAAGUCACUAAGACAAAAGUACAAAUCAGUGUGUGUUUGUGCUGGCUUUGCUCUGUUUUCUAUAGGAUUCUCCUCUUACAUGAUCACCUGCAACAACCAGGCAGGUCUAACUCCUGUUUUGGAGAGUGUGUGGUUGUCAUCAACAACACUGCGGGGGUUGUCGACCUUGUUUUCACCUUUAUUAUACCCAUUACUCUCAUUAUAGUUCUGUAUUUGAGAGUGUUUGUGGUGGCUGUGUCUCAGGCUCGAGCCAUGCGCUCGCACAUUGCAGCAACCCAACGUUCAGGGACUGUAACUGUGAAGAAAAUGGAAAUGAAGGCAGCCAGGGCUCUUGGCAUUGUUGUGGUUGUGUUUCUGGUUUGUUUCUGUCCGUACUACUUCCCCGCUCUGGCAGGCGAAGACACUUCAAUCGAUGCUUCAUCUGUAGCCUUUGAGCUCUGGCUGGCGCAUUUUAACUCCUGUUUGAACCCUGUUAUCUACGCUUUUUUCUACCCCUGGUUCAGAAAAUGUAUAAAACUCAUUCUGACACUUCAGAUACUGAAGCCUGGCUCCCGUGAUACUAAACUACUAUAG